AAAAUAAUAAUUAUAUUUACCGUGCAAAAUGUUUACGCUACUUAACGUAUUAGCGUUGGCAAUUGCCUGCAGUGCAGUGUCCGUUGAUGUGAAUGAUACAACGAAUAGAAUUGCUAACGGGGCAGUUGCAGCGAAUCUUCAAUUUCCGUACGCGGUCUCCAUACAACGCUUUACCAAUAAUUCACUAGUAGCGACCAGAGGGCACAGGUGCGGAGGAGCACUCAUCACCUUCCAGCACGUAUUAACCGCGGCUUCGUGUAUGUUUGAGUGGAACACUGAUGGGACUCGAAUCCCAAUCACCAUUGGCAACUACCGGGUGUUUGCCGGUGCGCAUUUACUAUCCAACGAUACUUCGACUGAAAGAGUCAGGAACAUCGCUCAGUACGUCGUGCAUCCAAAUUACCUCGGCAUUCCGUCUUAUGUUGGUGAUCUGGCUGUCGUCUAUCUAAAUACACCUUUCGCAAAUACAACUGUGGUUCCUCUGUCCUUGCCCGCGAAUAAUUACAACCCUGCUGACUUCACUGAUUGCGUCGUUGCGGGCUGGGGUGCUGCUACCGCUGUGUCUUUACUCACGGCUAACGUUGAGCAGAAAUACGUUAAUACUUACAUCUACAAUCAGCAAGAUUGCACUUCAGUCUACAAUCCCCUGCAUGGCUUACCGAACAUUUUACCUUCUAUGAUUUGCGCAGUGUCUUAUGACAUAGUUUCUUCAAGUUGUAAUGGUGACGAAGGAAACGCCCUGGUUUGUGGCAACACGUUGACGGGUAUCCUGGCGCUGCACAGCAACUGCGCGGCCACCUCUUAUCCUGAGAUCUACACCAGGGUGUCCAACUACACGGAAUGGAUAAGACCUCUAGUUUCCUCCGCGAGCACUUUUACAUCUGGUGCUUCGGUUCUUUUACUCCUCACUUUAAUUCAAAUGGCCUUUGCCAAUCUAUUGAGCUAAAUUUAUAGGCAUAUAGGUAAUAUA